GCCGGUGUGACCAUGGCGGAGGCGCCGAGUUCCUCCGAGGAGACGUUGCUGGAGUGGGAGAGGCAGCAGACGAAACUGAAGGAUCAGCUGAUCACCAGCGACACGGAGAGCUGGCAGCGGGAGGCGGAGUUCGAUGGACUGGAGCGGGUCGGCGGGGUGGACCUGUCCUACAUCAAGGGAAACGACACGGUGGCCUGCGCCAUGCUUGUGGUGCUGAGCUACCCCAAGAUGGAGGUGAUCUAUGAAGACUGUCACAUGGUGACCCUGGACGCCCCGUACGUCGCCGGUUUCCUGGCCUUCAGGGAAGCGCCGUCAUUGGUGAAGGCGGUGGAGACGCUGCGGGAGAAGAGGCCGGACCUGAUGCCUCAGGUGCUGCUUGUGGACGGUAAUGGGAUCCUGCACCACCGAGGGUUCGGAGUGGCCUGCCACCUUGGGGUCCUCACCAAUCUCCCCACAAUCGGAGUGGCCAAGAAUUUGCUCCAGGUGGACGGACUGGAAAAUAGCGAGGCGCACAAGAAACAGGCAAAGCAGUUAGAAAAUGGAGGAGACUUUUUCCAUCUAAAGGGCUACUCCGGCCAUUUCCUGGGUGCAGCAUUAAAAAGCUGCAAAAAAAGCUCCAAACCCAUCUACGUCUCAGUCGGCCACAAGAUCAGUUUGGAGACAGCGGUGCGCCUGGUCUAUUCAUGCUGCAACUAUCGAGUUCCUGAGCCCAUCAGGCAGGCUGACAUACGGUCCAGAGAAUUUUUGCGCAAAGAUCAAGAGCAAAAUCAAACAGAACAUGGAGUAGAACCUCCAGCGGCACCAGUUAGCCGGACCAAGAAGAAGACUGGGGCAACUCUUUCUGCUUCUAGCUGA